UGCUGGCGGCGCUCACCGGCCCGGGGGCUGCGCUGGCCGGCUACAUCGAGGCACUUGCUGCCAAUGCUGGCACGGGGUUUGCUGUGGCAGAGCCGCAGAUUGCCAUGUUCUGUGGAAAGCUGAAUAUGCACGUGAAUAUCCAGACUGGGAAAUGGGAGCCAGAUACUGCAGGGACCAAGAGCUGCUUUGGAACAAAAGAAGAGGUUCUGCAGUACUGCCAGGAGAUCUAUCCAGAGCUUCAGAUUACGAACGUGGUGGAAGCAAACCAACCUGUCAGCAUUGAGAACUGGUGCAAAAAGGGCCGGAAGCAAUGCAAGGGCCAUACUCAUAUUGUCGUUCCCUUCAAGUGUCUUGUGGGCGAGUUUGUCAGCGACGUCCUCCUGGUUCCAGAGAAGUGCCGGUUCUUCCACAGGGAGCGGAUGGAUGUGUGCAAAAGUCACCAGUACUGGCACACUGUGGCAAAAGAGGCUUGCUUAACCGAGGGGAUGAUCCUGCACAGCUACGGCAUGCUGCUACCUUGUGGAGUAGACCAGUUCCAUGGCACAGAGUAUGUGUGUUGCCCGCAGUCCAAAAUUGUGGAUGAAGCACUUUCCAAAGAGGAGGAGGAAGAUGAAGAAGAGGAAGAAAACUAUGAUAGUUAUAAAAGCGAGUUCCCUACCGAGGCAGACGCAGAAGAAUUCACAGCGGCGGCCGUGGAGGUGGACGAGGACGAAGAAGAGGAGCGAGAGGAAGAUGAAGAGGAAGUGGUGGUAGACCGGGAUUACUAUUACGACGGCUAUAAAGAUUACAACGAGGAGCCUCCGACAGAGCCGGGCGUUGAAAAAUCUCUCUCCGAGAAGGAAAUAAUGAACGACGUGAAAACUGUCUGCUCCCAGGAGGCGAUGACAGGUCCCUGCCGGGCUGUGAUGCCCCGUUGGUACUUCGACAUAUACAAGAGAAAGUGCGUUCGCUUUAUAUAUGGAGGCUGCGGAGGCAACAGGAACAAUUUUGAGUCAGAGGAGUAUUGUAUGGCGGUGUGUAAAAAGAUGAUUCCUCCUACUCCUGUGCCUACUGACGAUGUGGACGUCUACUUCGAAAACCCUGCAGAUGACAAUGAGCAUGCCCGUUUCCUGAAAGCAAAGGAACAGCUAGAGGUUCGGCAUCACAACCGCAUGGACCAGGUUAAGAAGGAAUGGGAAGAAGCAGAAAACCAAGCUAAGAAUCUCCCAAAGGCAGAGAGGCAGACUCUCACUCAGCGAUUCCAGGCCAUGGUUAAAUCGCUCGAGAAAGAAGCUGCCAGCGAGAAGCAGCAGCUGGUGGAGACUCACUUAGCCCGCGUAGAAGCCAUGCUGGAUGAACGCCGCCGGAUCGCUCUGGAAAACUACCUAGUUGCUCUGCAGACUGACCCCCCACGGCCCCAUCGGAUCCUCCAAGCCCUGAAGCGCUACGUCCGUGCCGAGAACAAAGACUGCCUGCACACAAUUCGCCAUUACCAGCACGUUUUGCAAGUUGACCCAGAAAAGGCUGCGCAGAUGAAAUCGCAGGUGAUGACGCAUCUCCAUGUGAUCGAAGAAAGGAUGAAUCAAAGUCUGUCCCUUCUCUACAAGGUACCUUAUGUGGCUGAAGAAAUCCAAAGUGAGAUAGAUGAGCUGCUUCAACAGCAGCGGGAUGACAUGGACCACUUCACUUCUUCCAUAUCGGAAUCCCCGGUGGACGUCCGGGUGAGUUCUGAAGAAAGUGAGGAGUCUCCCCUCUUUGAUGGCAAGCCCUUCCGUCCGUUCCAGGUGAAAACGUUCCCGGCCUCAUCUGAAAGUGAAGAUUCUCAGCCGGACUUGUACCAUCCAAUGAAAAAAGGGUCUGGCAUGGCUGACCUUGACGGGCUGAUUGGAGCGGAAGAGAAAGUGAUCAACAGCAAGAGCAAGCUGGACGAGAAUGUGGUAAUUGAUGAAACCCUUGAUGUCAAGGAAAUGAUUUUCAAUCCCGAGCGAGUCGGUGGACUAGUGGAGGAGCCGGAAAGUGACAGUUCUCUGCGUGACGACUUCAGCUUCAGCAGCAGCGCUCUUAUUGGCCUUCUGGUGAUAGCGGUUGCCAUAGCCACGGUGAUAGUCAUCAGCUUGGUGAUGCUGAGGAAGAGGCAAUAUGGAACCAUCAGCCAUGGAAUCGUAGAGGUGGAUCCAAUGCUCACCCCAGAGGAACGGCAUCUGAACAAGAUGCAGAACCACGGCUACGAGAACCCGACAUACAAAUACUUGGAGCAGAUGCAGAUUUAAAAGAUGUUGAAACUGCAGCAACCCUGGCCUGGCAGAGGGGCAGGGGGAGGAGGGCCAAAAAUGGUCCAGAAUUUUGGAUCUACUACUGACCAACUGUUGCUUGAAGAGGAAAUUCAUCUUACAUUCAGAACUCCUGGAUCAUUAAGACUUAAAUUACUACUGUAGAGUUGCAAUUUCCAUUCUUUUUAAAUGGGCAAGGAAAUGAUAAUAUAACGAUAUAUGAUAUAUAAAUGUUAAAUGGGAAAAUGGAUCUAUUGCAGAUAUGAGAUGUAGUUUUUCUUUUCUUU